GCAGGAGCCAACAGACACCUCCUUUACAACAGGACACUGAGGAGACCACAGCUGGAAAAAUGGCUGGGCCAAAGCCGCGUAUCAUCAGUUUGACCAAGCGAGAGAGCCAGGGUUAUGGCUUCUACCUUCGCGUGGAGCACGGCGAGGAGGGUCACCUGAUCCGAGCGCUGGAGAUGGGUGGUGCUGCAGAACUGGCUGGUCUGAAGGAUGGAGACCGGAUACUGAGAGUCAAUAACACAUUUGUGGAUAAUCUUGAGCACACUCAGGUUGCAGAUUUGGUGAGGAACAGUGGCAUGAGCGUCACAUUGCAUGUGCUUGGAGAAGAGGCCUAUAAGACAGCAAAAGCCAACAAUGUGAAUCUUGCUGACCUUCAGUCCUUGCCAGGUCAAAGCCAGCCCACCAUGAACGGAGUGUCUACACCAGCUGCUAAAGCCAAACUGUGUUAUCUGCAAAAAUCCAGCAGUGGAUUUGGUUUCUCCUUAAAGUCCACCAAGGGGGCUCAUGGCAUAUUCAUGGUAGACGUGGUGUCAGGAGGAGUGGCAGAUCAGGCAGGUGUGAAGCUCGGUGAUCGCCUAGUGGAGAUCAACAGUGAAAAUGUUGAGCAUCUCGUACAUGAUCAGAUUGUGCAAAAAGUGAAAGCAGCAAGUGACAGAUUAAUGCUUCUGCUGGUGGAUGAAGAAGCUGACAGAUAUUUCAAGAGCAAAAACAUUCAACCAGGUGUUUCUCAUGCCACAGUCAAACACCUCCCGCAUAAGCCGCGCAUUGCAGACAUGAUCAAGAGAGCCGAUGGCUAUGGCUUCAUGCUGAAGGAAGAUCCUAAACGUAAAGGUCAUUGCAUUGGAGAAAUUGACAAAGGAAGCCCCGCGGAGCGCGCCGGAAUGAAAGAUAUGGACCGACUAGCGGCUGUGAACGGUGAGGAUAUCGAAAACUGCAAACAUGAGCAGGUAGUGGAAAAAAUAUGCCAAGGAAACAAAUGCUGCCUCCUGGUGCUAGACGCUGAAACUGACAAGAUCUACAAAUUGGGUGGGGUUUCUCCACUUCUGUACUGGGAGGAAAUGAGAGGAUCUCUGCCCGGAUAUCCAGACAAUGAAGCUGUAGCAAUACCUGCUGUGGCUGCAGCUGUACCUGCAGCCGUAGUCGCAGCCACACCCGCACCUGCAGCCACACCUGCACCUGCAGCCACACCCACACCUGUCCCAGCAGCAGCUGAACCAGCAGAUGUUGACCACAAACCCAAACUGUGCCGGCUGGAGAGAACUUCUGCUGGGUUUGGCUUCCAUCUCAAUGGCAUCCAGGGUGUUCCCGGGCAGCACAUUCAAGAGGUGGUGAAAGGUGGAGCAGCAGACAGAGCUGGGCUGGUGGAUGAUGAUGUUGUUGUGGAGGUGGAUGGAGUGAAUGUGGAGAUGAGCACACAUGAGGAGGUUGUGAACCUCAUCCGCAACAGUGGAGACACGCUGGUCCUUCUGGUGGCCGACAGAAAAGCCUAUGAGCAUCUCAAAGCAAAAGGGAUUCCCAUCACCCCUCAGCUGUUGAAUAAAGAGCCCGCUGCUGAUGUCCCGGCACCAGCUUACACACAGGUGGAUGGGAGGAAAGACACAGAAAAGGACAUCGAAAAACCGGCCACUCCACCUGCUCCAACACGUUCAAGGUCUUCAUCAUCUUCCUCCUCCUCCUCAUCAUCAUCCUCAGCAUCAGAUGACAGUGAGGACGAAAGACUCUAGAGCAAACUUUGACACCAACAGAUCUUCACUGCUGUGAUUUACUGACAGGUCGAUGCACUUACCUGAUCAACUAAAUACUGUACAAUCUGUCAAGGGGGAAAUCUCCAUUUGAACAAGAGACUGUAGAACAUUAAUUAAAGGAUUAAUGGAAACUCUAGUAUUUCUAAUGUGAAUUCAUCUAGCUACGAUUAGUGAAGGUAUCUAAUCCAUUGGGGAUCUACAACAACAAAUAUAUAUUUAAACGUCCUUUCUUAUACUUUUAAUGCACAAAAUAUUCAAUUCCAAGCAGAAAGUGUCUUUUUUUCAUUUUCUGGUAGAUGCAAAUUAAAUAAAACCUGCUGCUCUUUAUUUGUUGUGACUUCAAAUCUAAUUCUGUGAAAACAUCUUAUUUUAAUGGUUCGUUCAGUACGUUUUAGCAAGUAUUAGCAUCAUUGUUAUUUGUGUAUGUAAUGUAUUAGCACAAUAUAUUAUGUUAAAAAUAUACAGAUACUAGUGAAAAGAUCCACACAAUCAUUACUUAUCUUUCCUGUUAAACAAAAAAAAAAAAAAGUAGGAGGAUUAUCCCAUGUCAUUAAAUAUUUCCAACUUUUUG